AUGACACCUAUUCCCCUCAAAGAUGAUUCAGACUCAGAUUCAGACGUCGAGUUCGAAGACGUUCCUAUCGCCCACCAAACCAGAGCCCAAAACAGCGAAAGAAACAGGAAUGGAGAUAUCUCCAUAGAUCUUCCUCCAGUCCCAGUCCAGUCAUGGAAUCCACCACUAUAUCUCCCGCAACAGCGGACUACACCCGUCCCCUCCGGCUCCGAGGAAGAAACCCAGCUCCGAGGCCGUCUCAGCACGGGCAUUGAAAAAAUCACGUACCGCAAAAUGAAAUCUGACAUGGGCAUGGACGCACCAGAUACACCGGUUCAUUUACGGCGAUACGAGGGGUUUAAGGAUCUAGUUGUUGAUGUGGAUAGCUUGGUUGAUACGAUUUGGAUUUCGGCGACUCCCUCAAUCCAAACAGAAACCCUCAUUACCUUAGCAGGCCUAGUCCAAACCAGCCUAAAAAGCUUCCCCUUCGACCCUCAACCAACGCUAACAAUCCUACACAAAUUGGACUCGAUCUUUGCGGCUUUAUGCACAGGCACGCAUCCACUAACGGGUGCCGCUCUUCCGGGUGUGCGGAUUGGUCACUCGCUUGCGACGGAGACGCAGAAGGUUCGCAUCCGGAGUUUGGCGGAGAUGACCCGGUAUGAGGUUUUUUCUGUGCUCGGGUCUAGUAGGGGUGUUGAUGGAGAUGAUGACGAUGAGAGUGAGGACGAGGAGGAACCGUGGAUGUUGGAGGCUACGAGGGUUUAUGAGAAGAGUUUGAUGUUGCUUGCGGAGCAGGAUCCUGGUGUGGCUGGUGAGGAUGGGGAUGUGGGUGUGGGUGUGGGUUGUGGGCUUUGA